UUUGACAGUUCGGUGCUCGAUCGGGUGGUGGAAAAGCUGCGAAAAAAGGGUGACAAAUUUCUUAUCCGUGGACCGUGAUUCCUUCGCUUUUAGGUGUGGUUGAAAAAUUCAGCCCAAACUCUACCAAAUCGGCCGAAAUUAGUUUUGAAAGCAGUGUUAGGAUAGGCAGGUCGUCGAGUUGCGUGAAGCCAAUAGUUUAGAUUGUAGAAUUACAAAAAUACACAACGAAAAAUGUCCGGAAGAUUGCCAGCUUGUGUGAUCGAUGUUGGAACAGGCUAUACGAAGCUUGGAUUCGCUGCCAAUAAGGAACCGCAAUUCAUCAUUCCAUCGGCUAUUGCCAUCAAGGAAACAGCCAAAGUCGGGGACCAGAGUGCAAGACGUGUUACCAAAGGAGUAGAGGAUUUGGAUUUCUUCAUUGGAGAUGAAGCAUUCGACGCUACUGGUUAUUCCGUCAAGUACCCUGUACGCCAUGGACUGGUUGAGGAUUGGGAUUUGAUGGAACGAUUCUUGGAGCAAUGUAUCUUCAAGUAUCUCCGGGCAGAACCGGAAGAUCACCACUUUCUGCUGACCGAACCUCCACUGAACACACCGGAGAAUCGAGAAUACACCGCAGAGAUCAUGUUUGAGACGUUCAAUGUACCAGGGUUGUACAUUGCCGUUCAGGCCGUCUUGGCGCUUGCCGCAAGUUGGGCGUCCCGGCCAGUAGAAGAAAGAACUCUGACCGGAAUCGUGGUGGACAGCGGCGACGGUGUCACCCAUGUUAUUCCGGUGGCCGAAGGCUACGUGAUCGGGUCUUGCAUCAAACAUAUCCCGAUCGCCGGACGUAACAUAACAUCUUUCAUCCAGAGUUUGUUGCGUGAGCGUGAGGUUGGAAUCCCACCCGAGCAGAGCUUAGAGACGGCUAAGGCAAUCAAGGAACGGUAUAGCUAUAUCUGUCCGGAUAUUGCCAAAGAGUUUGCCAAGUAUGAUUCGGAACCAAGCAAAUGGAUGCGUCACUACGAGGGUAUAAACGCCAUCACCAAGCAGCCGUUCGGUGUGGAUGUUGGAUACGAAAGGUUCUUGGGACCGGAAAUAUUCUUCCAUCCGGAGUUCUCUAAUCCUGAUUUUACCACUCCGUUAUCUGAGAUUGUGGAUACCGUCAUCCAGAACUGUCCAAUCGAUGUUCGGAGACCACUUUACAACAACAUCGUGUUAAGUGGAGGAUCCACUAUGUUCAGAGAUUUUGGUCGUCGAUUACAACGCGAUAUUAAGCGUAGUGUGGACGCUAGACUUAGAAUCAGCGAAAACUUAAGCGAAGGGCGAAUCAAGCCAAAACCCAUAGAUGUGUCGGUAAUUUCGCAUCACAUGCAAAGAUACGCUGUUUGGUUCGGAGGAAGCAUGCUUGCUUCUACGCCCGAGUUUUAUCAGGUUUGCCACACCAAGGCCGCAUACGAAGAGUACGGACCCGGAAUUUGCCGUCACAAUCCCGUUUUCGGCACCAUGACGUAGUUCUAUUGUAUCCCUUUUUUGUAUUCGCACAUAUACACCAACACGAACCACACAAACACACAUACCCUACCAUUUUGAAGCAAAAAAGUUCUAUUUAAACCUACUUCUGAGCAACGUUUCAGUCUUAAGCAAAAUGAAAGAUUCAAGUGGGUUUAUAAACAUAACGAUUGGCCAAAAAAAAAACAUUAAUUAGGGGAACCCGUACCCAAAAUUCAUUCCCGGAUUGAACUUUCCAAAAUUGCACUUGAAGAAAUAGUGACAACUUUACUGUAGACACUUCAAAGAAACCAGAUUCCUCAACUAUUCGUUCGUUUUUUUACUCUUAAAUAUACGUGCAAGUUAAGAUCAACGUUUAAACUAAAAUCUUUCAUCCUAAGGAUUUUCGUGAAGAAGGCAUUUAAGAACAAAUUUAUAUUUUAACCAAACCUACCAUCCAUUGUCUCAAAUGUUGUAGUAAAGUGUAUGGUUUCCAAUUUUAAGUAUUUCGUCAACGAGAGUUUUGAGCGUAGAUUAUGGAUUACUGUAUUACUGAGUGCUGACAAAAUUAGUUUAUUUUAGUCGAGCGAUAUAAACGAAAAGCUAAACGCCGCUCAAGUUUAUCUUUCGAUUCUAUUAAAGGUGAAAAAAAACAUUUGAAACAACGCCGAUCCCAAUCGGUUGCCCAUUUGAAACUAGAAGCAUAACUUUAUUACCGAAAAAUCCUUGAACAAUCGCAAUUCUAUAAAGAUCGAGCAUAUAAAAACAAUUAUGUACACAUGAAUUAGAUAAUAAAGUUUAAUUUAGAAAUGAAA